UCAUUCACUCGGCUCCGUUCCCUCUGAGCAACCUUUCCAGACAAGGGCUCCUGCUCUGAUCGAAGAUGUGCUCCCGUGCUGACAGAGGCUGCCACAGCUCUGAGAGCUCCUCCUGCCACAGCGGAGGUUCCUCCUGCCAUGGCUCUGAGGAGGUCACCUGCCACGAAGUGAGCGCCGUGCAGGAUGGGACGCCCGUGGUGGUCCUGCAGCCUCAGUGCCCUGUGGUCACCGUGCCCACUCAGGGCCCCGUGGCUCCCGUCCCAUGCCAGCAGCAACAGCAACAGAUCAAGCAGCCGGUGCAAUGGCCCACGCAGCAGCAGAAGUGAAGGGGCUGCGCUCAUCCCUCAUCUCUGCAGGGCACAGCCCUGAGCAGCAGGAGCAGCUCCUGCCCCUCCCCUCCAGCACAUAUUGCCUCUCCUGAUGCUGUGACGGAGCGUUGGCACGUCAGAAAUGUGAUUUGCCCACUUGCAUUUGUAUCCGUUAUUUUCCUGCUUCUGUAUCCAGUAGCAAAGACGUGAUAUUAAAAUGUAAAGCUCACAAAA